AUCACAAACUACUAAUAAGUUGCGACUCGACCGAGUAAAAUGUCGCCAAUAGUGCAGUUCCACCUUCGGACUAGAUGUUGAUGAGCAGAGCUUUUGUUCAGGGGCCACUCGAUUGAUGCGAGGAAGCUCUCCCCAUCGAACGCUCAAUAAUGGAGAAGUCCGCCAAUGGCGCAACGAAUAAUGAAGGUGCCGAGGAAGAUUUCUCCUCCCUAACGUGCAGCUCCAUGCAAACCGAGGAGCUUGCAGCGCAACAAAAACGACGGCAAGAGAGACAAGCACGCACCCCUUCAGAAGGCUAUCCCGGCCUGUCUUUCGGUUCGGGUUUCUCCUCGAACACAAUGAUGAGACUGAGGAUAAUAGCGAACGAGCUCCACAAUAUUUCGUCGGUUCAGCUGAAAAGAGCCGAAGGAGAAAUGAAUGCGCUCGGAAGACGCAUUGAAACCGUGGAUACAGAGCUCAAACAUGAAGAGGAAGCGCUCAAAUCAGCGAGCGAUGAAAUAACCGAGAUUUCGAAGGUUUUCGGUCCGAAUCCCUCCGGCAACGACCAACCCGGCGAUGACCGAUUGAACGAAAUCGAGGGGAUGAGAUCGCGACUCGAGCUCAUCAAAGCAAUGUACGGUUUAUCAUCUUAGCGCUGUUGAUCGGAAGUUCCCUACAGUUUAUUCAAACGAAACGGAAUGCGCGAUCGCAUGAGAGAAAUAGUUCACAUGUGAUGUUGAUAUUUCCCAUCGCAGUAUACAUGACUUGAAAUAGGACAAUUCAUGCGUAUCUUGAGCGUCAUGAUGACGACCUUCUCAACACUAUAUUUUGAGCAUUUAAGUCAUUUUUGUACGUGAUACGGUUAUGGCAAUCUCGAACGAGAAUUUUGCUCACUCAGCGUAACAGGGAAGGGUGUAUCUUGGGGGUCAAACCAUUAUACGGAGCGGAGGCUGGAUAACCUGACUUCUAUCAUACUCAAGCACACCCAUUUCCGAAGCAAUAAGGUUUGCGACACUAAGCCUCCAGGCUCGGAGUACGGCAGGCAGAUUUCUUGAAAGCUGUCUCCUCCUGAAAUUGUGUGAUCGUGGACAUUCUUCCAAAAAGUAUGUUGUUAUGACAUGGA